GCUUGCAAAACAAGGGCUCCUGGGAGUGAAAGUGCACCGAGAAAUGACCUCUCCUCACCCAAUCAUCAGAUCUCCCUCAGGUGGAAACACAAUCCAAGCGUCUAAUUAGUGCGAAUGAUCAGCGAAUCAUUAACAGGAGCCAGUCUGUCUGCUGGCAUUCAAUUAAUUAUACAAAAGCCGUAAACAAUUCUUCCGCCGUCUUUGGCAUGCAAUUAACUUCAUAUAAACGACAUUGCUGAUUUUUGUAUGGACUUAAUUUAUCCUUAAAACCUUUUCAACUCUGAAGGAGCGAAAAAAAGAAAGAGAAUAAGAAACAAAGGCAAACAGAGGGAGUUUAGUUCCAGAACUGAUUUAAUACUCAAGUGUCCCCAGGAACUGUAAAUUUGAUUCCAGAGUGGAAUACUUUCUUCCAAAAGAUGCUUCAAGAUCCGAAAGAAUCUUCUUGUUCCACGAGGAGGAAAUCCAUGGACCCAGUCAGUCAGUUUAUGCACCUGGAAGAGUUGCCCACUCCAGGGAGUAGAUUUGAGCUGCAGGAGCUUAUAGGCGUUGGAACUUGCGCCAAAAUUUACGCCGCUUUCGAUAAACAAAAAGGAAAUAAAGUUGCAGUUAAAGUGGUGGACAAUAUCGCGGAAAAUAUAUUGGAAAUAGAAUCAGAGUACAGAGUUCUAACAUCGAUUGGUGGAAAUCCCUACAUUCCUGAAUUUCAUGGAACAUAUUUACAUUUGCCAAAGAACGCCAAAAGGCAGCUGUGGUUCGUCAUGGAAUUCUGCGAGGGGGUACCUGUUUCCGAACUGUUAUGUUAUCUCAGAAAAGAAGAGAAGAUGCUGACGGAAGAAGAAAUUGCUGCCCUUCUCAAACUCUUCCUCUUGGGAUUGCAGACUCUUCAUGAAAAUGAAAUAAUUCAUAGAGAUGUAAGAGCGUCAAAUUUUAUAAUCUCUCCAGAAGGUGACAUUAAAUUCAUUGAUUUUGGUUCGUGUGCACUAGUGAAGGACACAGAUGGGAAAACACAUUCUUCCCUUGGAGCACCUUACUGGAUGGCACCUGAAGUCAUAGCUUGUGAGCAGAUGAGGCCUUACACGAAGUCCUGCGAUGUUUGGUCGUUGGGCAUCACAGCCAUUGAGCUUGCUGAAACAGUUCCUCCUUAUUCUGAGAUUCAUCCCGUCAGGGCAAUGUUUCAAAUAGCCAGAAAUCCCCCUCCCACCCUCAAGAAAUCAACCGAGUGGAGUGAAACUUUCAAAGAUUUCAUCAGUGAGUGCCUGGAAAGAAACGCGGAACACCGUCCCUGCGUUUUGGAACUUUUAUUUCAUCCUUUCAUAACCAUGUUAGAUGAUGCCACAAAUCAGUCCCUCACAUUGGAAGAACACCUCAAACAGCAAUGUACGCCGGCUCUUGGAUGCAAAAUCAAACGGGUACUUAAAUCCCUUGGAGAUAGUGUGAAACAAAAUCUGACGCCAGCACCUAUAUCUAAACCGAUAUCAAUGACGGUAAAGAAUUGGCAUUUCAAGAGUGACGCCGAUACCAGUUACGUCAAACUCUUACCCGAUGAUCUAGCGGCAAACGAUAAUCUAGCAGAGGAAUCCGUUGUAGAUUAUUUGCAUGGGAGGUUUAUGCAGGACAAUAUUUACACUUUCAUAGGUGAUAUUCUUAUUGCCGUAAAUCCAAGAAAGAAAUUACCUCUCUAUGAUUCAAAGAUUCAGACGCAGUAUUGGGAAAAGGCCCGAUCCGAUAAUCCACCGCAUGUGUUCGCAAUUGCAGACAGGGCGUACCAACAAAUGCUGCAUCAUAAGAGAUCUCAAGUAAUCAUUACGUUUGGUCAGAGUGGCAGUGGGAAAUCCUUUUCAACGACACAAAUCAUCAAUCAACUGGCUUUUCUGAGUCCGAGCAGUAACCUGGCAAUGGCCGAAAAAAUCCAACAGCUGUGCCCCCUACUUGACGCUUUCGGGACUACUCGCACAACAUACAACCAGAAUGCCAGUCGCCUACUCAAAACUGUCGGCGUCACAUUCACAAAGAUGGGCAAAAUAACAGGAGGUAUGAUCACAGCAACUUUGUUGGAUCGAACCAGAAUCAGUUCUACACCACAGAACGAAAGUAAUUUCCACAUCUUGUAUUGUGUCUAUGAGGGUUUAAAAAAUGAGAAAAGAUUGGCUGAAUUCGGUCUGGACAAGCUCUCUUCCAUGCGCUAUUUACCUCAGAAGACAGUGAAGAACCCAGCAGAUCUCAUUGCAGGAUAUAAAAAUAUUUAUCAAGCUUUUCGCGUUCUCUCUUUUACGGAAGAAGAAAUCCUUGUGGUUCUCAGGAUAUUGGCAGCAAUACUUUUAUUGGGAGAUGUUACUUAUACUCUGAAAGGAUCAGCAGCAACAGCUAACAAUCCUUACUUAAUCACAUCAGCGGCAAAAAACUUGAGCGUGGAUCACGAGAAAUUGUGUUCGGUGGUGUGUAAAGGUGUUUGCGUCGAAGAUGUUGUGAAGAAAAGAGAUUCCUGGGUUCAAUUUCUUUUCUUAAAAGUUUUCGACUGGAUUGUCUCUUCCAUCAACAAACAACUCUCUUUCUCUCGACUUGUACUGGGGGAUUCCUUCUCUGUAACCGUGAUCGAUCCACCGGGAUUUGGAACAAACGAACACAACCAGCUGUUUCGUUUGAGUACUAAUAUAAUUAAUGACUUCCUCCAAAACUAUAUACAGCAGCUGAUGUUCUUCAAGGAACUCCAAGAAUACAAGGAGGAAGGAGUGGACAUGCCAUUCAAGUGGGACGAUACUACACAGCAAGAGCAGUCGACCAACUGUUUGGUGGAGUGUGAAAGAAUCCUCCUCAAUGAUCUUCAAAACUCCUCAGGAGUCAACUGGUUGAAAAAGAUGAAAUCCCUACCCGCCGAGUGCAUCGAAGUGGAAAACGAUAAAAUUAUCGUGCAUCAUAUUUUUGAAAAGGUUUUGUACAGCAUUCCUGACUUGACGGCAGAAAAUAUGGGUGCAGAGGACGAAAGUGAAUUCAUAGAAACUUUUAAAAAUACUGAUGAUGUCAUAACAGCUGCUAUUGCAAAUAAAGUACCCACUGACAACAAGUGUCUGACAGAGCAAACACAGAUACUCUUGCCGAAAAUUCUCGAUCUCAUGACGGAAGAUUUCCCUCACCUAGUGGUGUGUCUGCAACCCUCUCAAAAAGAAGACGCCAGGUUCGAACCUCCAUACAUCAUGCAACAACUGAGAGCUUUCAAUUUAACGGAAACCAUACUCAUUAGGCAGAAAGGAUUUGCUCGUAGACUCUCUUUUCCGGAAUUUCUCAAUAGGUACAAAUAUCUAGCGUUUGACUUUGACGAAGAAGUAGAAUUAAAUAAAGAUAACUGCCAGCUGCUUCUCAUUAGACUCAAGAUGGAUGGAUGGAAAAUGGGAACCAAUAAGGUAUUUUUAAAGUAUUACGCUGAAGAGUACUUAUCACGUUUGUAUGAAACUCAUGUGAAGAGGAUAGUGAAAGUUCAAGCCAUGGCUCGCAGAUUCAUUGUGAAGGCUAGACAAGGAAGGAAGCAGACAACUCGCAAAGUGCUAUAACACAUUCAUCCGAUGAAGGAACAAUCUCUAAAUAAUAUUUUGUGAAAGACAAAGUGAAGUGAAUGGAGCAGAUAGGACACAGCUUUAUUUUUAUAAAUAGCAAAUAUUUAACUUUUAAAAAUAUUUUCUGUACUUAUACCAAUUGAUUCCAACUGAAAUUUCCUACACGUAAUAUGAAAAAAAAAUAGAAAACAACAAAAGCAAUAAUUUUCCUCUUUGUUAUUGAUUAACAAUGUUUUCUAAGCUUUUUCGGCAUAAAAAAAGAAAAACAGUUUUAGUCUUACACUUGACACGAAACGAUAAUUUUAUAGUACAUUUAUCGUAUUAUUUAGGCAGAAGGGACAAAUUACUUAAAUAUUUCAAAAGUUACAAAAAUUUUUAAAAAUCAUCUAUUUGGCCAGAAUUUCAAGCUAGGUGAAAAUUAUCAAAAACACUGAAAAAUUCUAUAAUUUUUGCAAAUUUGUAUGAACUCAGAUAAUGCAGCAUUAAAGUAAGUUUUUGAAUAUUAAAAAAUUACAACAUAAACGCCUUUCAUUGACACAAAACUGUGGCUUUUCUUCCUAUUAGCAUUUAGCUUCCUAUUAGCUUAGAAUUAGCGUAGAGGGCGCUGGUUAAAGAUAAGCUAAACUUGACCCUACGAUCACAAAUAACUGAUAUAAACUCACUACGAUUACUAAAAUGGCAGAUUAUUCGCAAAAUUGCAUUAUUUCAUAAGAUGACAAAGCCUUCGAAAUGCAACCUUAAAAUAAUAAAGAAAUAUACACUUUUAAAAAAUACAGUGCGGAAAAAAAAAGGAAUAAGAUAUUUAAUAAUGUUGCAUAUCCAAGAUUUUAAUAAUCGUUCAACUUUUACUAUAUCAAUCCCCAAACGUUCUUUAAAUUUAUUAUUAUAUUUUUAAUACCUAUGAGGCAAAAACACUAUUUUGAUUAAAAUUCAUUCAAAAUUCUUGGUUAUCGAAUCCUAAUUCGGGAGACUUACCACAGAUAUUACACGAACUCAGAUUAGACAGUUUAGAUUAGCUUAAAAGCUCACGACAUAAUCAUUUCUCCAAUCUUACCCCAUAAGAAAUAGUUUUACUCUUGUUUCCCUAGCAACAGACCUCCAACUAUGAGUUAGAAAGUGUUCUCAUGAUAACUGAACACUACCGGAGCUCGAACUUCCAAAAGAUAGCCACAAACACAUUUUUGAUCAACCCUUUUCAAUAAAACCUGGUAUUUCUUAUUAUAAACUUAUGUUGUACUAUCGAUGAAAUUCUUUAUAAAGCACUUUAAUAAACUCGAAUAAGUCCGAAUCCGAAUAAAGCACUUUAAUAAACUCGAAGAAAUGUAUCGCCUCGCCUUCAAAGGAUAUGGGUUGACUUACAAAACUUAACUUAAAAUUUAGCAUCUCCAUCUACUGUAAACUUUGUUUCAGUACAUAUUAUGUGCCUAACUUUGAAUAAAAUGAAUUCUAAAGA